AUGCUCAAAAUUUUUCUGAUUUUCACAAUUUUUUUGCAAAUUCAAGCCUGGGAGACUCGUAGGUUUCUGAAGUUUUCCUGAAAAUUUUCUGAAAUUCAAACUUUCAGCCGGUUGUGCGAAAUUCCACGUGGCAGCCGAAUUUGACACGUGGCAAUCGAUUGCCACGUCACAGGAGUUGAGUUUGGCCGAGAUUUUUGCGUUGAAUUUUGGUGUGGCAAAGCGAUUUGAAUCGGGAGCCAAAAUUUGUGUCGCGCACCGUAAACCCGGAGUGUUGUUGCCGUGGGCGUUGAAGGUUUUGGAUGACAAGAAUGAGGAUUUGGUGCAGUGAGUUACCGUAGUUUUUUUUGCCGCCAACAAAAAAAUUCAAAUAUUUUUUUCCAGACCCUACGAUAUCGAUUCAAAAUAUCGAAAACCAACUCCAAAACAUCAACCAGGAUUCCCGCCAAUUUGA